UACAGAGCUCUGACAACCUCAGACCUUACUGGAACCUCUGGUCGUGUAGUUUCUUCGCUCUUUGGUACAUAGAUGGGAUAUACAAACAUCCAUGAGUUUCUGAUUCCAAAGCAACAUUGAUAUUGGGUGUAUGUUGUGGUACCAUCUAUAGAUGAUUGUGAAUGCCAUUCAUCUUGUGUGCUGAUGAGAUUACCAGGCUUCCCCAUGGAUGGAGCCGUGCACAUGUGGCUGCUGGCAGGGUUCAUCCAGGUGGUCAGUCUCUUGUGUGUGCAGUGGUCAGAUCCUGCGGUCGUGGUUGUUGAGGUUGUGUUUGGCCACUUCCCCACCAGUCAGGAUCCAGACUGGUACACCGUCUCCUACCAGAUUGCACACAACCUCACGGUGUGGCUGGAUCCGAUUGGCCGCUCUGAGUGUUCUCCUGACUGCAGGCUGUUUCUGCAAUUGGCUAAGGAGCCAGGAGGAAGUGACAUCACGCUGAACGCUAUAAAAAACAAUACCACACUGAAGACUAAGACCUUUCAUAUCGCUCCUGUCCCCCCCUCCUCUCUCCGUGUCGAGGUGACCACCACCAGCACUCUCCUGACCUGCAGCCUACAGAACAGACAGAGCCUCACUGCUCUCAGUCUACACAACAUGCACAUCGAACACACACACACUGAAUACACACACACUGAACAGACACACUCUGACCACACACACACCUCUUCGUACGUAGUGAGAGGUCUGCAGCCUGGAGCACACUACAGCAUCACAGCAGAGUUGACCACACCUCUCACACACCUCAACAUCAGCCUCACCCAGAGACUACACACCACCAUGGAGACAGCCCAGUGUCCUAUUGGUUGGCUGGCGAGUGGAAGGAGCUGCCACAGUGUGAGUAGGCGGAGCCUGUCGUGGGGCGAUGCCCAGCAAACCUGUAUAGGCAUGGCUUCAGGAGGACACCUGGUGGAUGUUAAAACAGAGAGAGACCUCCUCCUCAUCUCCUCUCACCUGACUACACACAACAACCUACUACUGCUCUGGACCGCUCUCAACGACAGACUGGAUGAGGGGCUGCCCCGCUGGUCUGAUGGCUCCUCCUACAACCUGACGAGUGCUAUGACAUCAUCAUCACUGCCAGCCAAUCAGACGGACUGUUUUGCUCUACAGAGGAACACUACUGGACGAGGCUACUUCCUGACUUCGUUCUUUUGCCACAUUCCUUUACCCUAUAUCUGUCACUGGGAAAUCCCUCUCCUACCUCCUUUAUUCAACUUUCACCUGGUGGAGGUAACAGAGAGAGAUGCAGAGCUUCACUGGAGUGACCUCACAUUCGUAAACUCCUCUCACCCUGCCCCCCAGCUCUAUGUCCAAUACCAAGAAGAGGAGGAAAAGGAGGAAAAACAUGGGGAAGAGAAGGAGAGGAGGACUGCAGGUCAAGUCCCAGUGUCUCUAUUCUCCAGAGGGCUGAAAGUGCCAGGCCUGUACCCAGGCAAGGUCUACUCUCUGUCCCUCAGAGCCUCCCACCUUACUGGGGCCGCAUGGAACCUGGGGAGUGCGCAGACUUGUCACACACGGCCCCUUCCCCCUCGCAACAUCACCAUUCUCAAUGUGACAGCCAGUCAGAUCACAGUAAGCUGGACAGCCCCAGACUCCCAGCAUGCUGUGCGGUGGAACUUUCUGGUUCGCUGGGAGGGUGUAGCCUCAGGCCUGGAGACGAGAAUGGUUGUGGCUAGCAGCGCCAGGUCCGCUGUGAUUGCAGGACUGGAGGGGUUCAGGAAGUACAAGGUCAGAGUUGACUCCGUCACAGAACACGGUGUGGAGAGCUGUGGAGGGGAGGAACUGACCCUAUACACUGCGGUGAGCCCCCCAGGUGGUGUGGUUGUGUCUAGCAGAGGGGAGAAUCUGACAGCGUGCUGGUCCGCCCCGUCAGGUGAAAGCCCUGAUGGGUACUAUGUUAGGCUGCGCCCCGUCAGCCAGGCCCGCCCCAUGGAUAUGUGGGUAAAUGAGUCCAGGUGUGUGUUCCUGGCCAUAUUCAGUCCAGGGCAGAACUACGAGGUGGGUGUGGCUUCAGUGAGAGGAGAGAACAUGAGCCAAGAGAUCAACACAUCAUACAGAACAGAGCCUGGGCCUGUGCAGGCAGCUGUCCCUCUCUCGGUAGGAAGCAGUUCUGUGGUUCUGUAUGUCCAGAGACCAGUACUGGGUGUGUGUGAUGGAGUGAGGGUGUGUGUAUGUAAGGGAGUGUGUGAGGGUGUGUGUGUGUGUAAGGGUGUGUGUGAUUGGUGGCCAUUCCCCCCAGGUAAGCACACAGUAACAGUUGGCAGCCUGACUCCAGGGGAGGAGUACCAUCUCAGUGUCUACAGCACCAGCCGACACAGGACCGGACCAGCAUACCAAACACACACACUCAGGACACGCCUGGCCUCUCCCAGUACUGUGAGAGAGGGCUCAGUAACAGAGUCGUCAGUAGAGAUGCUGUGGGAUCCAGCCUCUGGACACGGACACAACUAUGAAGUCAUCUGUCUCAACUGUCACCACACACUCAUGGUCCAGAAGGUGUGUGUUCCGAGGGCAGUUUUCUCUGGGUUGCUACCAGGCAGGCUGUACCACUUCUCUCUGAGGACAGAGAAAGAGUCCUUCACAGACAGCCCCCCUGUCACACUCAGCAUCACUACAGCUCCCAGUCCAGUGAUGGUAUCAGUCCUCAGUAGGACCACAUCGUCUGUGACAGUUGGCUGGACCCAGGCCAGGGGCGUUGUCAAAGGCUUCAUCCUGUCAAUCAUAAACCAAACCUCCAAUCAGCAGCUGAACCUCUCAGCCCAGGAGCCAUGGUCUUACAGGUUUGAGGACCUUUCCCCAGGAAGCUAUUAUACAGUAUAUGUUAUCAGCAGCAAUGGAGAGAGGAGGAGUACACCGGCUUCUGUAGACUUCAACACCAUCCCAGGAGCCCCACAGGAAGUGCUGCUGGUCGAAGAGGAUGUGACCUCAUCAGUGUUUGUGAGCUGGGGAGCCCCAGCAGGGGGCGUGGAGGGGUACAAGCUGCUGUUGUGUCUGUCUGGGGACAAGUCAUCAUGUCGUGAGAUGGCGGUUCAUAGCAACAGUCUCCAGGUAGGAGGUUUGACCCCAGGAUCAGAUUAUGACAUCACCGUCCUGAGCCUGCUGGUAUCAGACUUCAGCCAGCCUGUCACUACACAGUUCUCCACACGUCCGGCCGGUGUGUGUUCCCUCUCUCUGCUCUAUGUUAACUCUUCCUGUGCCGUGGUGAGGUGGGACGCUGCCUUUGGCCAGUUUGACUUCCACAGGGUAACUGUUGGAAAUGGCUCGCAAGCACAUACGAUAGAGGUCUCCAAGGAGAGGCAGGUUGCUACAGUAACUGGGUUGAGGGAUGGCUGUAUGUACAACAUGAGCGUGGAGCGCAUUAGACGAGGAGAGGCAGGGACAGCUGCCUCCCUAACUGUUACCACAGUGCCGGGCCGUGUGCGUGGUGUAAAUGUGGUUAGUGUGUCUGCUCAGAACUUCUCUCUGCGUUGGGAGCAGUCAGAGGGGUGUGUGGACCAGUACCUCGUCAGCCUGCUUCCCAACCAAGGAACUGUCUCUGUCUACCGCACAGUCGACAGACUCGUACAGGCUGACGUAUCCAGUCUGAGUCCUCGAACAGUGUUUACGGUCAUGGUGACCGCCGCCUCCUCCUCCAACCUCAGCCCACCGGUCAGCCGUAUAAUCAACACCAACAAGACCGCCCCAACAUCCCCUCCCACCAAUCUAGAGGGGGAGAGGGUGGGCUCCAAUGGCAUCCUUCUGUCUUGGACCAUGCCCUCUGACUCCCGCGUCGACGGUUAUGUCAUCAGGUACAAAGAGGUGUGUCCAUAUCCAGACCCCACCUUCAAAGAGGUGACCAAACACCUGGACAUCCCUGAGACCCUUCUCAACCUCUUCUUACCAGGGUCUACCUAUAACAUCAAGGUUGCAGCAGAAAACUCUGCUGGUAUUGGACCCUAUAGCAAGUCUCUGUACAUCAAAACUGCUGAGGCUCCCCCAGGCCUGGUGACUAACCUGACAGCGUUUGCUGAGAACCACACGUUUGUAGUGGUCACUUGGCUCCUGCCACUCCGCAUCAACGGUCUGAUCACCAAGUUUGCGGUCAAAGCCAAACACGCUCGUACUGGUCAGACCGUCCGCAUACUGGAGCUGGAUGCUGAGGACAUCAUGACCGGAGCGCUACCACACUGCAACGAUGCAGCAGACAUUCUGUCUCGUGGGACCCCCAGUCCGUCAGAGGUGACAGCUCUGACAGCGUCCUCUCCUCCCGUCACCCUGUCAGCCGUCCCGCCCGCCGCCACCUGGGCCGUACCAAUAUCCGUAGGGGUGGACCAGCUGCGACCUUACACAGCAUACGUCUUCGAAGUGUCCGCUUUCACCUCCGACGGAGAGGGACAGGUCGCCUCCACCAUGGUCCGCAUGCCUGAGUCAGCCCCAGAGGACCCCCCCCACAACCUGUUGGUAUGGAACGUGACGUCUAAGUCGGUCUCCGUCUCCUGGGAUCCCCCAACCAUCGUUACCGGACGUUUCAGCUACGUUAUCUAUCUCUACGGCCCCACAGGGUUUAUCUAUGAGAACAGCACAUGGGACCUGAGGUUUGUGUACUCUGGUCUGACACCCUACACACGCUACAGAGUGGCGGUGCGGGCCAAGUCUGCUGGCCUGCUGGGGCCUGAGGCCUUUACUGCUGUACUGACACCUGCUGAGGCUCCCAGUGCAGUGCAGGCUCUGCAGGCAGUAGCAGUAGACUCUGUGUCGGUGCGUGUGAGUUGGAGAAGUCCUGCCCAGCCCAACGGUCUGAUCACACAGUACAGACUCCUGGUUCUUUCUGACAACACACUGCUGCAGGACAUCACCCUCACUGGAACACAGGAUCUAAAUUACACUGAUCUCCUUGGUGAUGGAACGUUUGCUGCUGUUAUCCCUGACCACUCUCUCCGGCGAGUGUAUGUGAGGGACAAGGUCAUAGACAUGCAGGCUAAGGAGCUGUCUUACCUAGUCUCUGGUCUCAGUCCCUUCACUGACUACACCUUCACUGUUACCGCGGCUACUACUAUUGGAGAGGGACCUGCAACACGCGUCACUGAGAAGACUCGCGAACAGGUUCCUAGCUCAGUGGUAGGAGUGUCCUAUCAGAAUGUUAGCUCCACCUCUAUCCUGGUCAGCUGGACUCUGCCCCUCAACCCCAAUGGACGAAUCACACACUACACUCUCUACGGACUCAACCUACACAGCAACCGGGCCCUGCAGAGAAUUACACACAACACCAGCAUACUGCUCACAGGGCUGGAGAAGUAUACAGGUUAUAAAUUGCGAGUGGCUGCAUCUACUGCUGUAGGAGAGAGCUCUCUGUCUGACCUAGACGAUAUUUUCGCUGUCACACCCGAGGAUGAACCUGACACCCCGCCUGUAGGGUUAACAGUGGUAGACACUUCUCCCUCCACCACCACCCUCUCUUGGUCGCCCCCGGAGAGAGCCAAUGGGGUGAUCCAACAGUAUGAGGUUCUGUACGAGAACCAAUCGUAUGUGGCAGUGUUGAACAGCUCUGUCCCCAGAGUGACUCUGACAGGGCUAAGGCCGUUUUCAUACUAUAAUGUCUCUGUCAGAGCAUACACACGCAUCGGACACGGGAACCACACCUCAGACACACUCACUAUGCUGUCUGGGGAGGACGUCCCGGGUAGUCCUUCCUACGGCCUGUCCUACGUGUCUGUCAGUUCCAAUGAGGUGAACGUGACAUGGGAGCACCCCCUGGUGCCCAACGGAGUUAUCACACACUACAGCCUUGAGCUGCGAAACUCCUCCCACUUCCUCAACCUGACCACACCCAUCAACCACGCCCAGAUCACACACCUGAGGAAGUUUGCGCAAUACACUCUGGUGGUGAAGGCACACACACGUAUUGGCUCCGGAAACCACAGCAGUGACCCUCUCAACAUUACCACUCUGGAGGACGUGCCCAGUGAUCCGGUCCACAACCUCAGUGCUCAGAUCUUCAGUUCUACGGCCAUCAUUGUAAGCUGGGACCCCCCUAUGGAACCCAACGGACGCCCCUUCUACCUGCUCACCCUGCAGGAGGCUGGACUACCCCUUACCACUGAACCCCUGAACCCCCCUAAACCUAACAGCAACCCCCCCGGACCCCCCGCUGUCAACAAUACCAUCACCAAGAUAACCAAUGACAACGUCUUCCUGUUUACCAAACUCAGGAAGUACUAUCCCUACGUCUUCACUGUUACCCCGGCAACCAGCGCCGGCCCUGCCCACAACCACACCAGCCUGCUGCACGUAAGGACCGAUGAUGAUAUCCCCAGUUCAGCUCCAGUGCUGGUGUCCAGUAGGAACCUGUCGUCCUCCUCAGUGUCUGUGGUGUGGCAGCGCCCCCUGGAGACCAACGGAGAGAUAACUGACUAUUCCCUCACCCUGUUCGGCCCUGGAGGCUCCAACACCACACACACCCCCAACACCACCCUCACACUCACACUGCUGCUGCCCUACACAGCCUACAACCUCUCUAUCACCGCAGCCACCCGCAAGGGCUCCGGACCCCCGCUACUACUGAUGCUGCACACAGACGAAGCAGGUCCCAUGUCUCCUCCCCGGAACCUGUCUCUGUAUAACCACACAGCCUUCUCUGUGUGGCUGACCUGGGAACCCUCUCUGGAACCCAAUGGUGUGGUCACACACUACGGCUUCAGGAUCCUGGAGAACAACACAAACACACUCACUUACCAGAACUCUACAGGUCCGUGGACAGAAGGACAGCUGAGUGGGAUCCGGCCUCACAGCUCAUAUGAGAUCAGUGUGUUUAGCUACACCAGAGUGGGUCAUGGAGACCAGUACAGCACUCCUGUGUCCUUCACAACCAAUGAAUCAGUGUCAGAGGUGGUGGGUAACCUGUCCUGCUCUGGUCUGGGCUGGGACUCUGUGUUUCUACACUGGGAGCCUCCAGCUAACCCCAAUGGACUCAUCCUGUACUACCAGGUGGACACACGCUCACAGGCAUACAUACACCAGGCUUACACAAACCAUUACACGGUCAGCGGGCUGGCGCCGGAUGCAGAAUUCACGCUCACCGUUACGGCUGUCAACUCUGCCGGCCCAGGAGACCAGGUCAACUGUACUGCCUACACACACCCCGAGUCAGUUCCUGGUGUCCCUCGCUUCCUGAGUGUGUCAGAGGCCACAGCCACCAGUGUAACGCUCCAAUGGGCUCCUCCCCUCUCUGCUCCGGGCAUGCUCACUGAGUACCGCAUCACCGUGCAGCUGCUGUCACCCGACUGCCAGUCUGACACACCCCUAGCUGAGGCCACACCCCUGCCAGAGCCGACCGCUGCCCUGGCUCCAGGCUGCGUCCAUCAGGAUGUAUUGGUGUCAGUGAAUGGUUCUGAUGGUGGUGAGGGCAACAGGAGCAUCACUCUACAGUCUCUGGCCAAGUACCGCCUCUACCGCUUCAGAAUCACAGCCCUUACGAAUGCUGGGCCAGGAGAACACACACCCUGGAAAUACACACACACACUGGCUGGGAACCCUGAUGCCCCUCCCAGUGACCUGUCAGUGACCAUGUCCUCCAACAGCCUCCGUAUCCAAUGGCAACUCCCAGAUGUGAUCACCGGCCCCACCUCCUACCUCGUAGACGUCCUCUCUCUGGAUAGCGAGGGGUUAAACCAGUCUGUGGUACGCAGUCCAGAGGAGCUGAGGAUUGUAGUUGUGUCAAACCUGACUGCGUUCACUCGCUACUCUGUGAUCGUGACCGCCUUCACUGGAUCACUGGAGAACGCACGGCGGGACGGACAGGCCACUGAGCCCACUGUCAUCAGAACAAUGGAGGAAGAGCCCAGGGAUCCUCCUAAGAACGUGACCCUGCAGGUGAUUCCGGAGGAAGUGACCCGUGUGUUUGUGACCUUUGCCCCCCCUGAGGAACCCAAUGGGAACAUAAGUUCCUACACAGUGCUUGUCUACCGCCAGGGCCAGCUAGAGAUGACCAUUAACCACCUCAAUGUGGUCAAAAAUAAGAACCGCACUCUGACCGCAGUCAUCGACGGGCUGAAGGGAGGCUACAACUAUAGUAUACGGAUUGCAGCAGUAAACGGAGCAGGUUUAAGCCCCCCCAGCUCAGAGGUUCGGAUCACUACUGGAAUCAUAGCUCCUGCCAAGCCCACCCAGAGACCCCAGGCUGUGCUGGACCGAGGAGGAGUUGCCAUGGUAACCUCCAGGAGCAUCAUUGUUCGCAUGCCAGCCUGUUUCUACAGGGAUGACAACGGACCAAUCAGUAGCAUCCAGAUCAUCGUGGCAGAAUCUGGGGUGAUGGACAGCAGGAACCUAACCAACUGGAAGAUCGCAUUCCUCUCUCGUCCUGCCCCCUACCUGACUGACAAUGGCUUCCCGAACCCACUCUGUGUGAGGGACGGCGAAAGCAGGGACACACACACACAAACCAGCAGACACAACAACUCACAGAUUAGACACAGAAUUGUGAGGGACAGGGUGCUGGACCGUAGAGACCACCAGGAAGACCACUAUGUUAUUGGAGAGGAGGGCAACUGUCUGACGGAGGAGUACAGUAACACACUCUGUAACGGACCCCUCAAACCAAACACUGUCUACGUGUUUAAGUUCCGAGCCACCAACAUCCGAGGCCAGUACACAGACUCUGACUACUCUGAGCAUAUCAGAACCGCAGUGGAUGGGUUGUUGACCAGAGAUGAACAGAUCAUUCUGGGAGUUCUCCUCUCCUUCUUCCUGGCCGUGCUACUCAUCAUCAUCAUCUAUGCCUCUGUCAGGAUCCGUCAGCGUCAGAAGGAGGGAGGGACCUAUUCUCCCCGGGAGGCGGAGAUUAUAGAGACCAAGUUUAAACUGGAUCAGAUGAUCGCUGUGGCCGACCUGGAGCUGAAGGAAGAGAAGCUACACCGGUAUUCCUCCUUCUUCUUUAGACGGAAGGAGAUAUUUGUCAUCCAGCUUCUCAGCUACAGAAAGUCUCUCAAGCCCGUCAAUAAGAAGUCUUUUCUGCAGCAUGUAGAGGAUCUGUGUGCCAACGAGAACGCCAAGUUCCAGGAAGAGUUCGCAGAGCUACCCAAACUGCUGCACGACCUGGCUACAUCAGACGCUGACCUUCCCUGGAACAGAUCCACGAACCGCUUCACUAACAUCAAACCCUACAACAACAACCGUGUUAAGCUGCUGUCUGAACCUGGCUUGCCUGGAUCUGACUACAUCAACGCUAGCUUCAUCUCAGGCUAUCUGUGUCCCAGUGAGUUCAUAGCGACCCAGGGUCCUCUCCCCGGGACUGUGGCUGACUUCUGGAGGAUGAUCUGGGAGACUCGCACACAAACCAUUGCUAUGCUCACACAGUGCUAUGAGAAAGGAAGGAUCCGGUGUCACCAGUACUGGCCAGAAGAUAAUAAGCCGGUGACAGUAUUUGGGGACAUCAUCAUCACCAAGUUGACAGAGGACGUCUAUCCUGACUGGACCGUCAGAGCUCUCAAAGUGGAGAGGCAUGGGGACUACAUGGUGGUUCACCACUUCAACUACACCUCCUGGCCAGAGCAUGGUGUACCAGAGUCCAGCACCACACUCAUACAGUUUGUUCGAGCCAUCAGAGCCAACAGGCAUGAGAACACUACUAUAGUGGUGCACUGCAGUGCUGGCGUGGGCAGGACAGGAGUGUUUAUAGCGCUGGAUCACCUGAUCCAACACGUCAGUGAUCACGACUUUGUGGACAUCUACGGUCUGGUGGCUGAACUCCGCAGUGAGAGGAUGUGUAUGGUGCAGAACCUGGCCCAGUAUAUGUUCCUACACCAGAGUACUCUGGACCUGCUGAACAGUAAAGGAAACAGCCAGUCCAUCUGGUUCGUUAACUACUCUGCUCUGGAGAAGAUGGACUCACUGGACGCUAUGGAGGGUGAUGUUGAACUGGAAUGGGAGGAGACUACGAUGUAAAGGCUGAGAACUUCUCAGUCAACUUCACACCUGAUAAACACACCUAUUCCUGAGUCAUGGGGCCAAAUCCUGGACAUACUGACUGUUUGUCAGAUGGAUUGGUCAACCAGAGAUAGAGGGAGGGAGG